UGCUUCUUCUCUAUGUUUUACACUUUUGUAUAGGCUGCACGCACUGCGUGGUUUUUUCUGCUAGCUACCUAACAUGAUUAUAUUUUUUUUCCAAAAGCAGAUUUAGCCGCUUGUUCAUGGAUAUAAAUGAGCCCUUUAGUUUGUAUUACACAACUUUAUUAUAACAUAUGCAAUUUUCUCUCUCUAGGUUUUCAUCCAGCAGGCAUUGGCGGUGAUGGUCUUUCCCGCUAUCGGACAGACUUCCAUGAAAUUGAGAAAAUUGAUUAUGGAAACUUCAACCAGGUUUUCAAUGUCUUGAAGAGACUUGAUGGUUGCAUGUAUGCCGUAAAACAUAGCAUGAGACAGUUGCAUCUGGAUGCAGAAAGGUGCAAGGCUUUGAUGGAAGUUCAAGCUUUGGCGGCUCUAGGGUACCACGAGAAUAUAGUUGGCUAUUAUUCUUCGUGGUUUGAAAACAAGCAACUUUACAUCCAACUGGAGCUAUGCGAGCACAGCUUAUCUCUCGAUAGAAUACCUAAACUAUUCACAGAAAGAGAAGCUUUAGAGGCAAUGUAUCAGAUUGCUAAAGCAUUGCAGUUUAUACAUGGGAGAGGAGUAGUUCACUUGGACGUAAAGCCAGAAAACAUUUAUGUAAAAAAUGGAGUUUAUAAACUUGGUGAUUUCGGUUGUGCGACUGUCGUUGAUAAAAGCUGGCCAAUUGAAGAAGGUGAUGCUCGGUACAUGCCCCAAGAAAUCCUGAACGAGAAUUAUGAAAAUCUAGACAAAGUUGAUAAAUUCUCGUUAGGAGCUUCCAUCUAUGAACUUGCAAGAGGGUCACCGUUACCUGAAUCAGGUUCUCAUUUCCUCACUUUUAAGGAAGGAAAACUGCCCCUUCUUCCUGGUCGUUCAAUCCCGUUUCAGAAUUUAAUCAAGAUGAUGAUGGAUGCAGAUCCUGUUCGUAGACCAACAGCCAAAGAAGUAGUUGAGAAUCCAAUUUUUUACAGGAUUGGAAAGAACAAAUAAAUCAAAAGU